AUGGUUGCUAUUGACAUAGCAUUUCAGGUUAUCUUCAUCUCUCAGACUGGAAUGGGGACCUUGGGAAACUCCAUACUCCUGGGCCUUUGCAUCUUCAGGUUUCUCACUGGACACAAGCUGAAGCCCAUAGAUAUUCUCCUUACACACCUUGCCUUUGUCAAUACUGUGGUGCUCCUUUCCAAGGGGAUCCCCCAAACAAUGGCUGCUUUUGGAAUUAACAAUUUCCUGGAUGAAAAUGGAUGUAAACUUGUUACUUACUUUCACCGAGUGGCCCGGGGUCUUUCUCUCUGUACCACCUCCCUCUUGACUGGCUUCCAGGCCAUCACCAUCAAAUCUAGAAGCUCCAGGUGGGCAGGCUUUAAAGCCAAAGUUCAAAAGUUAAUCAUCCCCUUUUGUUUUCUCUUCUGGGCACUCAAUCUACUAACAAAUAUCAGUGUCUAUGUUUAUAUUAGAGGUCCGAGGCAGUCUAACAAUGCCACUGAGAGACAGGAGUUUAUUUAUUGUUCUUUCUCUCAUGUCUCAGGUCACAUAUCAAUAUUUGCAAUUGUGACCUCCCUUCUUGACCUUGGGUGUAUGGGAAUCAUGGUCUGUACCACUAUAUCCAUGGUUCUUGUCCUGCAAAGACACCACAAGCAAAUCCAGUACAUUCAUAGCAACAAUUUUAUACCAGGAGAUUCUCCUGAGACCAGAGCUACCCAAGCCAUGCUGCAAUUGGUCAGCAUUUUUGUCUCCUUUUACAUGCUCAAUUCUAUCAUGGCAUGUUAUAUGUGCUUUUUCAAGCCAAAUCCCUGGAUUGUGUAUACCUCUGCCUUCCUGGCUUCUUGUUUCCCAGCUUAUAGCCCCUUUGUGAUGAUCAUGAGAGAUUCCCAGGUUCUCAGGUACUGCAUGACUUUCUGGCAGAAAAUAAAGCUUUUAUCUUUACAUUGUCCUUGA